ACUCAGCCAUUCUCCACAGCCCGAAGUUACGACUGCACAGCAAAGAGAGAGGAAAAAAAGUGAGAGGGAGAGAAAGAGAGAGAGGGAGGGAGGGAGAGAGGAAGAAGAAGAAAAAAAGAAAAGUCAUUAAAGGCAAAGAAAGUAAUCUAAAACCACGACUCAGACAGCAUCGGACGGUUGGGAGAGAAAACUUUUCGCGGCUGUGGCAGAAAGGCAUGCGCAGCGGAGGAUGCUCAUGCCAAGGUGUUAAAGCUGUUUGGAAGCAGUGAACUGCUCCCAGAAAACAGAAGAGAGGUGUGGAAGAGGAGGGUGUCCGGUAGUGCUUGAGCACCCGGGAGAGAUUCUAGGGCUGGUACAGCCCAGUCCAGUGGAGAACUCAAAGGGAAACAGUGGAGAGCUCAAGGAUUUGAAGAAUGCCCUGGCGAGCUCAGCAACACCAAAAGGUCUGGAAGACCACUGAAGACAACUGAAGUGGAUGAUCACAGAAUUCUUUCCUUGUUAAAGAAAAACCCCUUCACAACAUCUAGCCAAGUCAAGAACACUCUGGAGGAGAUGGCUGAUGAAGAGGACACAAGAGAAGUGCUCUUCCCUCAGUGGAUGGGCCCUGAUAAACAUGGGCUUACAAUAGAGCAAAAGGGUCAUGGAGAGAUUUUUGUCAAGGAAGUGAAAGAAGAAUCCCCUGCUGCUCAUACUGGGAGAGUAUUUGAAGGUGAUCAAAUUGUUGGUGCCACGAUCUACUUUGAGAAUAUGAGCUCAGAAGAAACAGCAGAGUUAUUGAAGACUCUUAACAGACACAAAGUGGGACUAAAACUACAGCACAAGACGGGAGACAAAUCCCCUUGUCGCUCUCCCAUGGGCACAUUGUCGUGGGAAGCACGAAGUGGAUUUGGAGGUUCUAGUCCUGAUAUCAUCCUGAGUGGGGAUGAUGAGGAGUACAGAAGAAUCUAUACUAAGAAAAUUAAGCCCAGACUGAAGUCUGAGGACCUUGCAGAGGGAGUUGAUGUACGUACAGAACGUCACAGCAGCACGAGCAGUGAUGGCAGCACCAUUACAACUAUUACCCGCCGUAUCACUACGUACACUGUGGACAUACCAGGGGAAUCUGGCCAGCAACAGAUUGAUAUUUCAAGCCCAGAAUUCAAAAUUAAUGUAUCAGAGGGGAGCUCUGCUCAAAUUAAAUUGCCUCAUGGAAACAAAAUAAGCCGGGUCAGUGAGCAGGAGGGUUUAGAUCUUGGAGAAGGUAGAUUAAGAGAUCCAGAGAGCUCGUCUGAGAAGCACUGGAGUACAGCACAUGUCAAAACAUCAAUUACAACAAAAGAAACAGAGGGAAAUGGGAAGGAUUUGAGAUUUAAUAUAUAUGACACUGGACUGUCAGCAGCAAAAACACAGGGGGGAGAAGGGUCUACUGAAUGGAUUCAGCAUGAUAGUAGUGUAAGAGGCAAAGGCUCAUGCACAUCAGACACAAACAAAGGUUAUGCCGAUCUCUCAGUUACACUUGGCAUAGGGGCAGAUAAGGAUCAGGUAAGCAAUAGUGAUGAAAUGUUGAAAAUGAAACGUGAGGUUACUAUUUCAGGUUCAGAAGAUGAAAAGGAUAUCAAAGCACCCAAAGUGGACAUUAUAGGUCCAGAGGGAUCAGAUGGAGGAGUUAAGAUGUCAAAAAUAAAAGUGUCAUCAAUUGAAAUUAAGAGUCCAAGGGCUCACAAGAGUGAUGCAGACAAAGGUUUUCCCAAAAGUGAUGUUGACAUAAAAGCAGCAAAAAUAGAAAUCAAGACUCCUGGUGUUAUAGGCCCGAAGCUGAAUUUGACAUCCAUUUCAGGUUCAGAAGUGGGUGAAGUGGAUAUUAAUAUUAAGAGCCCUAAAGUAAAAGGGGAAGUUGAGGGUUCAGUACCAAAAACUGAAGGGGAACUCAAAGCACCUAAAGUGUACAUCAGAGGUCCAGAGGCUGAUACUGAGGGCCCUGACGGAGGACUCAAAAUGUCAAAAAUAAAAAUGCCAUCAUUUGGACUUAAGGGUCCAAAGGUUGAAGGCACUGAUGUUGAUGUUAGUCUUCCCAAAGGUGAAGUUCAUGUUUCAGUACCAAAAGUUGAAGGGGACAUCAAAGCACCUAAAGUGGACAUCAAAGGUCCAGAGGUUGAUAUUGAAUGCCCUGAAGGAGGAUUCAAAAUGCCAAAAAUGAAAAUGCCAUCAUUUGGACUUAAGGGUCCAAAGGUUGAAGGCCCUGAUGUUGAUGUUAGUCUUCCAAAAGGUGAAGUGGAUAUUAAAGGACCAGCCAUAAACAUCACUGCAUCAGAUGUUGACAUUGAGGGACCUGAGGGAAAAGUGAAAGGUCCAAAAUUCAAGAUGCCAUCAAUUUCUGGUCCAAAGAUCUCCAUGCCUGAUGUGGAUUUCAACCUAAAGGGCCCUAAGGUGAAAGGAGAUGUUGAUGUUUCAGUACCAAAAGUUGAAGGGGACAUCAAAGCACCUAAAGUGGACAUCAAAGGUCCAGCGGUUGAUAUUGAGGGCCCUGAAGGAGGAUUCAAAAUGCCAAAAAUGAAAAUGCCAUCAUUUGGACUUAAGGGUCCAAAGGUUGAAGGCCCUGAUGUUGAUGUUAGUCUUCCAAAAGGUGAAGUGGACAUAAAAGGACCAUCUAUAGAUAUCAGGGCACCAGAUGUUGACAUUGAGGGACCUGAGGGAAAAGUGAAAGGUCCAAAAUUCAAGAUGCCAUCAAUUUCUGGUCCAAAGAUCUCCAUGCCUGAUGUGGAUUUCAACCUAAAAGGCCCUAAACUGAAAGGAGAUGUUGAUGUGUCAGCACGAAAAGUUGAAGGGGACAUAAAAGCACCUAAAGUGGACAUCAAAGGUCCAGACGUUGACAUUCAGGGCCCUGAAGGAGGUUUCAAAAUGCCAAAAAUGAAAAUGCCAUCAUUUGGACUUAAGGGUCCAAAUGUUGAAGGCCCUGAUGUUGAUGUUAGUCUUCCAAAAGGUGAAGUGGAUAUUAAAGGACCAUCUAUAGACAUCACUGCAUCAGAUGUUGACAUUGAGGGACCUGAGGGAAAAGUGAAAGGUCCAAAAUUCAAGAUGCCAUCAAUUUCUGGUCCAAAGAUCUCCAUGCCUGAUGUGGAUUUCAACCUAAAAGGCCCUAAAUUGAAAGGAGAUGUUGAUGUUUCAGUACCAAAAGUUGAAGGGGACAUAAAAGCACCUAAAGUGGACAUCAAAGGUCCAGACGUUGACAUUCAGGGCCCUGAAGGAGGAUUCAAAAUGCCAAAAAUGAAAAUGCCAUCAUUUGGACUUAAGGGUCCAAAGGUUGAAAGCCCUGAUGUUGAUGUUAGUCUUCCAAAAGGUGAAGUGGACAUAAAAGGACCAUCUAUAGAUAUCAAGGCACCAGAUGUUGACAUUGAGGGACCUGAGGGAAAAGUGAAAGGUCCAAAAUUGAAGAUGCCAUCAAUUUCUGGUCCAAAGAUCUCCAUGCCUGAUGUGGAUUUCAACCUAAAAGGCCCUAAAUUGAAAGGAGAUGUAGAUGUUUCAGUACCAAAAGUUGAAGGGGACAUCAAAGCACCUAAAGUGGACAUCAAAGGUCCAGACGUUGACAUUCAGGGCCCUGAAGGAGGAUUCAAAAUGCCAAAAAUGAAAAUGCCAUCAUUUGGACUUAAGGGUCCAAAGGUUGAAGGCCCUGAUGUUGAUGUUAGUCUUCCAAAAGGUGAAGUGGAUAUUAAAGGACCAGCCAUAGACAUCACUGCACCAGAUGUUGAUAUUGAGGGACCUGAGGGAAAAGUGAAAGGUCCAAAAUUCAAGAUGCCAUCAAUUUCUGGUCCAAAGAUCUCCAUGCCUGAUGUGGAUUUCAACCUAAAAGGCCCUAAAUUGAAAGGAGAUGUUGAUGUUUCAGUACCAAAAGUUGAAGGGGACAUCAAAGCACCUAAAGUGGACAUCAAAGGUCCAGACGUUGACAUUCAGGGCCCUGAAGGAGGUUUCAAAAUGCCAAAAAUGAAAAUGCCAUCAUUUGGACUUAAGGGUCCAAAGGUUGAAGGCCCUGAUGUUGAUGUUAGUCUUCCAAAAGGUGAAGUGGAUAUUAAAGGACCAGCCAUAGACAUAAAGGCACCAGAUGUUGAUAUUGAGGGACCUGAGGGAAAAGUGAAAGGUCCAAAAUUGAAGAUGCCAUCAAUUUCUGGUCCAAAGAUCUCCAUGCCUGAUGUGGAUUUCAACCUAAAAGGCCCUAAAUUGAAAGGAGAUGUUGAUGUUUCAGUACCAAAAGUUGAAGGGGACAUAAAAGCACCUAAAGUGGACAUCAAAGGUCCAGACGUUGACAUUCAGGGCCCUGAAGGAGGAUUCAAAAUGCCAAAAAUGAAAAUGCCAUCAUUUGGACUUAAGGGUCCAAAGGUUGAAAGCCCUGAUGUUGAUGUUAGUCUUCCAAAAGGUGAAGUGGACAUAAAAGGACCAUCUAUAGAUAUCAAGGCACCAGAUGUUGACAUUGAGGGACCUGAGGGAAAAGUGAAAGGUCCAAAAUUGAAGAUGCCAUCAAUUUCUGGUCCAAAGAUCUCCAUGCCUGAUGUGGAUUUCAACCUAAAAGGCCCUAAAUUGAAAGGAGAUGUAGAUGUUUCAGUACCAAAAGUUGAAGGGGACAUCAAAGCACCUAAAGUGGACAUCAAAGGUCCAGACGUUGACAUUCAGGGCCCUGAAGGAGGAUUCAAAAUGCCAAAAAUGAAAAUGCCAUCAUUUGGACUUAAGGGUCCAAAGGUUGAAGGCCCUGAUGUUGAUGUUAGUCUUCCAAAAGGUGAAGUGGAUAUUAAAGGACCAGCCAUAGACAUCACUGCACCAGAUGUUGAUAUUGAGGGACCUGAGGGAAAAGUGAAAGGUCCAAAAUUCAAGAUGCCAUCAAUUUCUGGUCCAAAGAUCUCCAUGCCUGAUGUGGAUUUCAACCUAAAAGGCCCUAAAUUGAAAGGAGAUGUUGAUGUUUCAGUACCAAAAGUUGAAGGGGACAUCAAAGCACCUAAAGUGGACAUCAAAGGUCCAGACGUUGACAUUCAGGGCCCUGAAGGAGGUUUCAAAAUGCCAAAAAUGAAAAUGCCAUCAUUUGGACUUAAGGGUCCAAAGGUUGAAGGCCCUGAUGUUGAUGUUAGUCUUCCAAAAGGUGAAGUGGAUAUUAAAGGACCAGCCAUAGACAUAAAGGCACCAGAUGUUGAUAUUGAGGGACCUGAGGGAAAAGUGAAAGGUCCAAAAUUGAAGAUGCCAUCAAUUUCUGGUCCAAAGAUCUCCAUGCCUGAUGUGGAUUUCAACCUAAAAGGCCCUAAAUUGAAAGGAGAUGUUGAUGUUUCAGUACCAAAAGUUGAAGGGGACAUCAAAGCACCUAAAGUGGACAUCAAAGGUCCAGACGUUGACAUUGAGGGCCCUGAAGGAGGAUUCAAAAUGCCAAAAAUUAAAAUGCCAUCAUUUGGACUUAAGGGUCCAAAGGUUGAAGGCCCUGAUGUUGAUGUUAGUCUUCCAAAAGGUGAAGUGGAUAUUAAAGGACCAGCCAUAGACAUCACUGCACCAGAUGUUGAUAUUGAGGGACCUGAGGGAAAAGUGAAAGGUCCAAAAUUCAAGAUGCCAUCAAUUUCUGGUCCAAAGAUCUCCAUGCCUGAUGUGGAUUUCAACCUAAAAGGCCCUAAAUUGAAAGGAGAUGUUGAUGUUUCAGUACCAAAAGUUGAAGGGGACAUAAAAGCACCUAAAGUGGACAUCAAAGGUCCAGACGUUGACAUUCAGGGCCCUGAAGGAGGUUUCAAAAUGCCAAAAAUGAAAAUGCCAUCAUUUGGACUUAAGGGUCCAAAGGUUGAAGGCCCUGAUGUUGAUGUUAGUCUUCCAAAAGGUGAAGUGGAUAUUAAAGGACCAGCCAUAGACAUAAAGGCACCAGAUGUUGAUAUUGAGGGACCUGAGGGAAAAGUGAAAGGUCCAAAAUUGAAGAUGCCAUCAAUUUCUGGUCCAAAGAUCUCCAUGCCUGAUGUGGAUUUCAACCUAAAAGGCCCUAAAUUGAAAGGAGAUGUGGAUGUUUCAGUACCAAAAGUUGAAGGGGACAUCAAAGCACCUAAAGUGGACAUCAAAGGUCCAGACGUUGACAUUGAGGGCCCUGAAGGAGGAUUCAAAAUGCCAAAAAUUAAAAUGCCAUCAUUUGGACUUAAGGGUCCAAAGGUUGAAGGCCCUGAUGUUGAUGUUAGUCUUCCAAAAGGUGAAGUGGAUAUAAAAGGACCAUCUAUAGAUAUCAAGGCACCAGAUGUUGAUAUUGAGGGACCUGAGGGAAAAGUGAAAGGUCCAAAAUUCAAGAUGCCAUCAAUUUCUGGUCCAAAGAUCUCCAUGCCUGAUGUGGAUUUCAACCUAAAAGGCCCUAAAUUGAAAGGAGAUGUGGAUGUUUCAGUACCAAAAGUUGAAGGGGACAUCAAAGCACCUAAAGUGGACAUCAAAGGUCCAGACGUUGACAUUGAGGGCCCUGAAGGAGGUUUCAAAAUGCCAAAAAUGAAAAUGCCAUCAUUUGGACUUAAGGGUCCAAAGGUUGAAGGCCCUGAUGUUGAUGUUAGUCUUCCAAAAGGUGAAGUGGACAUAAAAGGACCAUCUAUAGAUGUCAGGGCACCAGAUGUUGAUAUUGAGGGACCUGAGGGAAAAGUGAAAGGUCCAAAAUUCAAGAUGCCAUCAAUUUCUGGUCCAAAGAUCUCCAUGCCUGAUGUGGAUUUCAACCUAAAAGGCCCUAAAUUGAAAGGUGAUGUAGAUGUUUCAGUACCAAAAGUUGAAGGGGACAUCAAAGCACCUAAAGUGGACAUGAAAGGUCCAGAUGUUGACAUUGAGGGCCCUGAAGGAGGUUUCAAAAUGCCAAAAAUGAAAAUGCCAUCAUUUGGACUUAAGGGUCCAAAGGUUGAAGGCCCUGAUGUUGAUGUUAGUCUUCCAAAAGGUGAAGUGGACAUAAAAGUACCAUCUAUAGAUAUCACUGCACAAGAUGUUGAUAUUGAGGGACCUGAGGGAAAAGUGAAAGGUCCAAAAUUCAAGAUGCCAUCAAUUUCUGGUCCAAAGAUCUCCAUGCCUGAUGUGGAUUUCAACCUAAAAGGCCCUAAAUUGAAAGGAGAUGUAGAUGUUUCAGUACCAAAAGUUGAAGGGGACAUCAAAGCACCUAAAGUGGACAUCAAAGGUCCAGACGUUGACAUUGAGGGCCCUGAAGGAGGUUUCAAAAUGCCAAAAAUGAAAAUGCCAUCAUUUGGACUUAAGGGUCCAAAGGUUGAAGGCCCUGAUGUUGAUGUUAGUCUUCCAAAAGGUGAAGUGGACAUAAAAGGACCAUCUAUAGAUAUCACUGCACAAGAUGUUGAUAUUGACGGACCUGAGGGAAAAGUGAAAGGUCCAAAAUUCAAGAUGCCAUCAAUUUCUGGUCCAAAGAUCUCCAUGCCUGAUGUGGAUUUCAACCUAAAAGGCCCUAAAUUGAAAGGAGAUGUGGAUGUUUCAGUACCAAAAGUUGAAGGGGACAUCAAAGCACCUAAAGUGGACAUCAAAGGUCCAGACGUUGACAUUGAGGGCCCUGAAGGAGGAUUCAAAAUGCCAAAAAUUAAAAUGCCAUCAUUUGGACUUAAGGGUCCAAAGGUUGAAGGCCCUGAUGUUGAUGUUAGUCUUCCAAAAGGUGAAGUGGACAUAAAAGGACCAUCUAUAGAUAUCAAGGCACCAGAUGUUGAUAUUGAGGGACCUGAGGGAAAAGUGAAAGGUCCAAAAUUCAAGAUGCCAUCAAUUUCUGGUCCAAAGAUCUCCAUGCCUGAUGUGGAUUUCAACCUAAAAGGCCCUAAAUUGAAAGGAGAUGUGGAUGUUUCAGUACCAAAAGUUGAAGGGGACAUCAAAGCACCUAAAGUGGACAUCAAAGGUCCAGACGUUGACAUUCAGGGCCCUGAAGGAGGUUUCAAAAUGCCAAAAAUGAAAAUGCCAUCAUUUGGACUUAAGGGUCCAAAGGUUGAAGGCCCUGAUGUUGAUGUUAGUCUUCCAAAAGGUGAAGUGGACAUAAAAGGACCAUCUAUAGAUAUCAGGGCACCAGAUGUUGAUAUUGAGGGACCUGAGGGAAAAGUGAAAGGUCCAAAAUUGAAGAUGCCAUCAAUUUCUGGUCCAAAGAUCUCCAUGCCUGAUGUGGAUUUCAACCUAAAAGGCCCUAAAUUGAAAGGAGAUGUGGAUGUUUCAGUACCAAAAGUUGAAGGGGACAUCAAAGCACCUAAAGUGGAUAUCAAAGGUCCAGACAUUGACAUUGAGGGCCCAGAAGGAGGUUUCAAAAUGCCAAAAAUGAAAAUGCCAUCAUUUGGACUUAAGGGUCCAAAGGUUGAAGGCCCUGAUGUUGAUGUUAGUCUUCCAAAAGGUGAAGUGGACAUAAAAGGACCAUCUAUAGAUAUCAGGGCACCAGAUGUUGAUAUUGAGGGACCUGAGGGAAAAGUGAAAGGUCCAAAAUUCAAGAUGCCAUCAAUUUCUGGUCCAAAGAUCUCCAUGCCUGAUGUGGAUUUCAACCUAAAAGGCCCUAAACUGAAAGGAGAUGUUGAUGUUUCAGUACCAAAAGUUGAAGGGGACAUCAAAGCACCUAAAGUGGACAUCAAAGGUCCAGACGUUGACAUUGAGGGCCCUGAAGGAGGUUUCAAAAUGCCAAAAAUGAAAAUGCCAUCAUUUGGACUUAAGGGUCCAAAGGUUGAAGGCCCUGAUGUUGAUGUUAGUCUUCCAAAAGGUGAAGUGGACAUAAAAGGACCAUCUAUAGAUAUCAGGGCACCAGAUGUUGAUAUUGAGGGACCUGAGGGAAAAGUGAAAGGUCCAAAAUUCAAGAUGCCAUCAAUUUCUGGUCCAAAGAUCUCCAUGCCUGAUGUGGAUUUCAACCUAAAAGGCCCUAAAUUGAAAGGAGAUGUUGAUGUUUCAGUACCAAAAGUUGAAGGGGACAUCAAAGCACCUAAAGUGGACAUCAAAGGUCCAGACGUUGACAUUGAGGGCCCUGAAGGAGGUUUCAAAAUGCCAAAAAUGAAAAUGCCAUCAUUUGGACUUAAAGGUCCCAAGUUUGAAGGCCCUGAUGUUGAUGUAAGUCUUCCCAAAGGUGAAGUGGACAUAAAAGGACCAUCUAUAGAUAUCAGGGCACCAGAUGUUGAUAUUGAGGGACCUGAGGGAAAAGUGAAAGGUCCAAAAUUCAAGAUGCCAUCAAUUUCUGGUCCAAAGAUCUCCAUGCCUGAUGUGGAUUUCAACCUAAAAGGCCCUAAAUUGAAAGGAGAUGUAGAUGUUUCAGUACCAAAAGUUGAAGGGGAUGUCAAAGCACCUAAAGUGGACAUCAAAAGUCCAGACGUUGACAUUCAGGGCCCUGAAGGAGGUUUCAAAAUGCCAAAAAUGAAAAUGCCAUCAUUUGGACUUAAAGGUCCAAAGGUUGAAGGCCCUGAUGUUGAUGUUAGUCUUCCAAAAGGUGAAGUGGAUAUUAAAGGACCAGCCAUAGACAUCACUGCACCAGAUAUUGACAUUGAUGGACCUGAGGGAAAAGUGAAAGGUCCAAAAUUCAAGAUGCCAUCAAUUUCUGGUCCAAAAAUCUCCAUGCCUGAUGUGGAUUUCAACCUAAAAGGCCCUAAAUUGAAAGGAGAUGUUGAUGUUUCAGUACCAAAAGUUGAAGGGGACAUAAAAGCACCGAAAGUAGACAUUGAAGGCCCACAAGUUGACAUUGAAGGCCCCCACAUUGACAUCGAAGGCCCUGAAGGAGGAUUCAAAAUGCCAAAAAUUAAAAUGCCAUCAUUUGGACUUAAGGGUCCCAAGUUUGAAGGCCCUGAUGUUGAUGUUAGUCUUCCAAAAGGUGAAGUGGAUAUAAAAGGACCAUCUAUAGAUAUCAAAGCACCAGAAGUUGACACUGAGGGACCUGAGGGAAAAGUGAAGGGGCCAAAAGUUGAAAUAGAAGGGGCUAAAAUUGACCUUGAUGUUUCUGGAGCUUCAGUCAAGAAAUCUAAGUUCAAAAUGCCAAAAUUUGGUUUUAAAGGGCCCAAAAUUGAAGGACCAGAUGUUGAUGUUAAAGUUCCAAAAGGUGAUGUCACUAUGGAAGCCAAAAGUCCAGAGGCUGGAUUUAAGUUGCCAAAAUUCAAAUUGCCAAAAUUUGGAUUCAAAUCCCCUAAAGCUGAUGUACCAAGCAUGGAUGAAUCGGAUGUAAAUGUCAACAUCAAGAGUCCAUCUGUUGACUUCGAGGUUCCAGAAGGAAAAAUCAAAGGUCCAAAUAUCAAGAUGCCAGAUGUGUCAGGGCCAAAUAUUACUUUGCCUGAUGUGGAUUUCGAUCUUAAAGGCCCGAAAUUAAAGGGGGGUGUGGAUGUCUCAGUUCCCAAGAUUGAAGGUGAACUCAAGGCACCAAAAGUUGAAAUUGAAGGCCCAGAUGUGGAUGUUGAAGGACCAGAGGGUGGCUUGAAGAUGCCAAAAUUCAAAAUGCCAUCAUUUGGGGUCAAAGGGCCAAAACUUGAGGGCCCUGAUGUUGAUAUAAAUCUACCAAAGGCAGAUAUUGAUGUCAAAGGUCCUAAAAUUGACAUCCAAAGCCCCGAUAUUGACAUUGAAGGUCCAGAAGGGAAGAUCAAAGGUCCCAAAUUCAAAAUGCCAACCAUAUCUGGUCCAAAGAUCUCAAUGCCUGAUGUGGAUUUAAAUCUGAAAGGACCUAAAAUAAAGGGGGGUAUGGAUGUGUCUGUUCCCAAGAUUGAAGGUGACAUUAAAGCACCGAAAGUAGACAUUGAAGGCCCAGAUUUUGAAGUAGAAGGCACAGGAGGAGGAGGCAUCAAAAUGCCAAAAUUCAAAAUGCCAUCAUUUGGGCUCAAAGGGCCAAAAGUUGAGGGCCCUGAUAUUGAUGUAAAUCUACCAAAGGGGGAUAUUGAUGUCAAAGGUCCUAAAAUUGACAUCCAAAGCCCAGAUAUUGACGUUGAAGGGCCAGAAGGAAAAAUCAAAGGACCCAAAUUCAAAAUGCCAACCAUAUCGGGUCCAAAGAUCUCAAUGCCUGAUGUGGACUUUAAUCUUAAAGGCCCUAAAUUAAAGGGGGAUGUGGAUAUCUCAGUUCCCAAGAUUGAAGGUGACAUUAAAGCACCAAAAGUAGACAUUGAAGGCCCAGAUUUUGAAGUAGAAGGCACAGGAGGAGGAGGCAUCAAAAUGCCAAAAAUCAAAAUGCCAUCAUUUGGGAUCAAAGGGCCAAAAGUUGAGGGCCCUGAUUUUGAUGUAACCCUACCAAAGGGAGAUAUUGAUGUUAAAGGCCCUAAGAUUGACAUCCAAAGCCCUGAUAUUGACAUUGAAGGGCCAGAAGGGAAAAUCAAAGGUCCCAAAUUCAAAAUGCCAACCAUAUCUGGUCCAAAGAUCUCAAUGCCUGAUGUGGAUUUAAAUCUGAAAGGACCUAAAAUAAAGGGGGAUAUGGAUGUAUCUGUUCCCAAGAUUGAAGGUGACAUUAAAGCACCGAAAGUAGACAUUGAAGGCCCAGAUUUUGAAGUAGAAGGCACAGGAGGAGGAGGCAUCAAAAUGCCAAAAUUCAAAAUGCCAUCAUUUGGGCUCAAAGGACAAAAGGUUGAAGGCCCUGAUUUUGAUGUAAAUCUACCAAAGACUGAUAUUGAUUUCAAAGGCCCCAAGAUUGACAUCCAAAGCCCAGAUAUUGAUGUUGAAGGGCCAGAAGGAAAAAUCAAAGGUCCCAAAUUCAAAAUGCCAACUAUAUCGGGUCCAAAGAUCUCAAUGCCUGAUGUGGACUUUAAUCUUAAAGGCCCUAAAUUAAAGGGGGAUGUGGAUAUCUCAGUUCCCAAGAUUGAAGGUGAUAUUAAAGCACCAAAAGUUGAAAUCGAAGGCCCAGAUGUGGAUGUUGAAGGGCCAGGGGGUGGUUUGAAGAUGCCGAAAAUCAAAAUGCCAUCAUUUGGGCUCAAAGGGCCGAAAGUUGAGGGCCCUGAUUUUGAUGUAACCCUACCAAAGGCAGAUGUUGAUGUCAAAGGUCCUAAAAUUGACAUUCAAAGCCCCGAUAUUGACAUUGAAGGGCCAGAAGGGAAAAUCAAAGGUCCCAAAUUCAAAAUGCCAACCAUAUCUGGUCCAAAGAUCUCAAUGCCUGAUGUGGAUUUAAAUCUGAAAGGACCUAAAAUAAAGGGGGAUAUGGAUGUGUCUGUUCCCAAGAUUGAAGGUGACAUUAAAGCACCGAAAGUAGACAUUGAAGGCCCAGAUUUUGAAAUAGAAGGCACAGGAGGAGGAGGCAUCAAAAUGCCAAAAUUCAAAAUGCCAUCAUUUGGGCUCAAAGGGCCAAAGGUUGAGGGCCCUGAUUUUGAUGUAAAUCUACCAAAGACUGAUAUUGAUGUCAAAGGCCCCAAGAUUGACAUCCAAAGCCCAGAUAUUGAUGUUGAAGGGCCAGAAGGAAAAAUCAAAGGUCCCAAAUUCAAAAUGCCAACUAUAUCGGGUCCAAAGAUCUCAAUGCCUGAUGUGGACUUUAAUCUUAAAGGCCCUAAAUUAAAGGGGGAUGUGGAUAUCUCAGUUCCCAAGAUUGAAGGUGAUAUUAAAGCACCAAAAGUUGAAAUCGAAGGCCCAGAUGUGGAUGUUGAAGGACCAGGGGGUGGUUUGAAGAUGCCGAAAAUCAAAAUGCCAUCAUUUGGGCUCAAAGGGCCGAAAGUUGAGGGCCCUGAUUUUGAUGUAACCCUACCAAAGGCAGAUGUUGACGUCAAAGGUCCUAAAAUUGACAUUCAAAGCCCCGAUAUUGACAUUGAAGGGCCAGAAGGGAAAAUCAAAGGUCCCAAAUUCAAAAUGCCAACCAUAUCUGGUCCAAAGAUCUCAAUGCCUGAUGUGGAUUUAAAUCUGAAAGGACCUAAAAUAAAGGGGGAUAUGGAUGUGUCCGUUCCCAAGAUUGAAGGUGACAUUAAAGCACCGAAAGUAGACAUUGAAGGCCCAGAUUUUGAAGUAGAAGGCACAGGAGGAGGAGGCAUCAAAAUGCCAAAAUUCAAAAUGCCAUCAUUUGGGCUCAAAGGGCCAAAAGUUGAGGGCCCUGAUAUUGAUGUAAAUCUACCAAAGGGGGAUAUUGAUGUCAAAGGUCCUAAGAUUGAUAUCCAAAGCCCAGAUAUUGAUGUUGAAGGGCCAGAAGGAAAAAUCAAAGGUCCCAAAUUCAAAAUGCCAACUAUAUCGGGUCCAAAGAUCUCAAUGCCUGAUGUGGACUUUAAUCUUAAAGGCCCUAAAUUAAAGGGGGAUGUGGAUAUCUCAGUUCCCAAGAUUGAAGGUGACAUUAAAGCACCGAAAGUAGACAUCGAAGGCCCAGAUUUUGAAGUAGAAGGCACAGGAGGAGGAGGCAUCAAAAUGCCAAAAUUCAAAAUGCCAUCAUUUGGGCUCAAAGGGCCAAAGGUUGAGGGCCCUGAUUUUGAUGUAAAUCUACCAAAGACUGAUAUUGAUUUCAAAGGCCCCAAGAUUGACAUCCAAAGCCCAGAUAUUGAUGUUGAAGGGCCAGAAGGAAAAAUCAAAGGUCCCAAAUUCAAAAUGCCAACUAUAUCGGGUCCAAAGAUCUCAAUGCCUGAUGUGGACUUUAAUCUUAAAGGCCCUAAAUUAAAGGGGGAUGUGGAUAUCUCAGUUCCCAAGAUUGAAGGUGAUAUUAAAGCACCAAAAGUUGAAAUCGAAGGCCCAGAUGUGGAUGUUGAAGGACCAGGGGGUGGUUUGAAGAUGCCGAAAAUCAAAAUGCCAUCAUUUGGGCUCAAAGGGCCGAAAGUUGAGGGCCCUGAUUUUGAUGUAACCCUACCAAAGGCAGAUGUUGACAUCAAAGGUCCUAAAAUUGACAUUCAAAGCCCCGAUAUUGACAUUGAAGGGCCAGAAGGGAAAAUCAAAGGUCCCAAAUUCAAAAUGCCAACCAUAUCUGGUCCAAAGAUCUCAAUGCCUGAUGUGGAUUUAAAUCUGAAAGGACCUAAAAUAAAGGGGGAUAUGGAUGUAUCUGUUCCCAAGAUUGAAGGUGACAUUAAAGCACCGAAAGUAGACAUUGAAGGCCCAGAUUUUGAAGUAGAAGGCACAGGAGGAGGAGGCAUCAAAAUGCCAAAAUUCAAAAUGCCAUCAUUUGGGCUCAAAGGGCCAAAAGUUGAGGGCCCUGAUAUUGAUGUAAAUCUACCAAAGGGGGAUAUUGAUGUCAAAGGUCCUAAGAUUGAUAUCAAUAGCCCAGAUAUUGAUGUUGAAGGGCCAGAAGGAAAAAUCAAAGGUCCCAAAUUCAAAAUGCCAACUAUAUCGGGUCCAAAGAUCUCAAUGCCUGAUGUGGACUUUAAUCUUAAAGGCCCUAAAUUAAAGGGGGAUGUGGAUAUCUCAGUUCCCAAGAUUGAAGGUGACAUUAAAGCACCGAAAGUAGACAUCGAAGGCCCAGAUUUUGAAGUAGAAGGCACAGGAGGAGGAGGCAUCAAAAUGCCAAAAUUCAAAAUGCCAUCAUUUGGGCUCAAAGGGCCAAAGGUUGAGGGCCCUGAUUUUGAUGUAAAUCUACCAAAGACUGAUAUUGAUUUCAAAGGCCCCAAGAUUGACAUCCAAAGCCCAGAUAUUGAUGUUGAAGGGCCAGAAGGAAAAAUCAAAGGUCCCAAAUUCAAAAUGCCAACUAUAUCGGGUCCAAAGAUCUCAAUGCCUGAUAUGGACUUUAAUCUUAAAGGCCCUAAAUUAAAGGGGGAUGUGGAUAUCUCAGUUCCCAAGAUUGAAGGUGAUAUUAAAGCACCAAAAGUUGAAAUCGAAGGCCCAGAUGUGGAUGUUGAAGGACCAGGGGGUGGUUUGAAGAUGCCGAAAAUCAAAAUGCCAUCAUUUGGGCUCAAAGGGCCGAAAGUUGAGGGCCCUGAUUUUGAUGUAACCCUACCAAAGGCAGAUGUUGACGUCAAAGGUCCUAAAAUUGACAUUCAAAGCCCCGAUAUUGACAUUGAAGGGCCAGAAGGGAAAAUCAAAGGACCCAAAUUCAAAAUGCCAACCAUAUCUGGUCCAAAGAUCUCAAUGCCUGAUGUGGAUUUAAAUCUGAAAGGACCUAAAAUAAAGGGGGAUAUGGAUGUAUCUGUUCCCAAGAUUGAAGGUGACAUUAAAGCACCGAAAGUAGACAUUGAAGGCCCAGAUUUUGAAGUAGAAGGCACAGGAGGAGGAGGCAUCAAAAUGCCAAAAUUCAAAAUGCCAUCAUUUGGGCUCAAAGGGCCAAAAGUUGAGGGCCCUGAUAUUGAUGUAAAUCUACCAAAGGGGGAUAUUGAUGUCAAAGGUCCUAAGAUUGAUAUCAAAAGCCCAGAUAUUGAUGUUGAAGGGCCAGAAGGAAAAAUCAAAGGUCCCAAAUUCAAAAUGCCAACUAUAUCGGGUCCAAAGAUCUCAAUGCCUGAUGUGGACUUUAAUCUUAAAGGCCCUAAAUUAAAGGGGGAUGUGGAUAUCUCAGUUCCCAAGAUUGAAGGUGACAUUAAAGCACCGAAAGUAGACAUCGAAGGCCCAGAUUUUGAAGUAGAAGGCACAGGAGGAGGAGGCAUCAAAAUGCCAAAAUUCAAAAUGCCAUCAUUUGGGCUCAAAGGGCCAAAGGUUGAGGGCCCUGAUUUUGAUGUAAAUCUACCAAAGACUGAUAUUGAUUUCAAAGGCCCCAAGAUUGACAUCCAAAGCCCAGAUAUUGAUGUUGAAGGGCCAGAAGGAAAAAUCAAAGGUCCCAAAUUCAAAAUGCCAACUAUAUCGGGUCCAAAGAUCUCAAUGCCUGAUGUGGACUUUAAUCUUAAAGGCCCUAAAUUAAAGGGGGAUGUGGAUAUCUCAGUUCCCAAGAUUGAAGGUGAUAUUAAAGCACCAAAAGUUGAAAUCGAAGGCCCAGAUGUGGAUGUUGAAGGACCAGGGGGUGGUUUGAAGAUGCCGAAAAUCAAAAUGCCAUCAUUUGGGGUCAAAGGGAGGAAAGUUGAGGGCCCUGAUUUUGAUGUAACCCUACCAAAGGCAGAUGUUGAUGUCAAAGGUCCUAAAAUUGACAUUCAAAGCCCCGAUAUUGACAUUGAAGGGCCAGAAGGGAAAAUCAAAGGUCCCAAAUUCAAAAUGCCAACCAUAUCUGGUCCAAAGAUCUCAAUGCCUGAUGUGGAUUUAAAUCUGAAAGGACCUAAAAUAAAGGGGGAUAUGGAUGUAUCUGUUCCCAAGAUUGAAGGUGACAUUAAAGCACCGAAAGUAGACAUCGAAGGACCAGAUUUUGAAGUAGAAGGCACAGGAGGAGGAGGCAUCAAAAUGCCAAAAUUCAAAAUGCCAUCAUUUGGGCUCAAAGGGCCAAAAGUUGAGGGCCCUGAUUUUGAUUUAAAUUUACCAAAGGGGGAUAUUGAUGUCAAAGGUCCUAAGAUUGAUAUCCAAAGCCCAGAUAUUGAUGUUGAAGGGCCAGAAGGAAAAAUUAAAGGUCCCAAAUUCAAAAUGCCAACUAUAUCGGGUCCAAAGAUCUCAAUGCCUGAUGUGGACUUUAAUCUUAAAGGCCCUAAAUUAAAGGGGGAUGUGGAUAUCUCAGUUCCCAAGAUUGAAGGUGACAUUAAAGCACCGAAAGUAGACAUCGAAGGCCCAGAUUUUGAAGUAGAAGGCACAGGAGGAGGAGGCAUCAAAAUGCCAAAAUUCAAAAUGCCAUCAUUUGGGCUCAAAGGGCCAAAGGUUGAGGGCCCUGAUUUUGAUGUAAAUCUACCGAAGACUGAUAUUGAUGUCAAAGGCCCCAAGAUUGACAUCCAAAGCCCAGAUAUUGAUGUUGAAGGGCCAGAAGGGAAAAUCAAAGGUCCCAAAUUCAAAAUGCCAACUAUAUCGGGUCCAAAGAUCUCAAUGCCUGAUGUGGACUUUAAUCUUAAAGGCCCUAAAUUAAAGGGGGAUGUGGAUAUCUCAGUUCCCAAGAUUGAAGGUGAUAUUAAAGCACCAAAAGUUGAAAUCGAAGGCCCAGAUGUGGAUGUUGAAGGACCAGGGGGUGGUUUGAAGAUGCCGAAAAUCAAAAUGCCAUCAUUUGGGCUCAAAGGGCCGAAAGUUGAGGGCCCUGAUUUUGAUGUAACCCUACCAAAGGCAGAUGUUGACGUCAAAGGUCCUAAAAUUGACAUUCAAAGCCCCGAUAUUGACAUUGAAGGGCCAGAAGGGAAAAUCAAAGGUCCCAAAUUCAAAAUGCCAACCAUAUCUGGUCCAAAGAUCUCAAUGCCUGAUGUGGAUUUAAAUCUGAAAGGACCUAAAAUAAAGGGGGAUAUGGAUGUAUCCGUUCCCAAGAUUGAAGGUGACAUUAAAGCACCGAAAGUAGACAUUGAAGGCCCAGAUUUUGAAGUAGAAGGCACAGGAGGAGGAGGCAUCAAAAUGCCAAAAUUCAAAAUGCCAUCAUUUGGGCUCAAAGGGCCAAAAGUUGAGGGCCCUGAUAUUGAUGUAAAUCUACCAAAGGGGGAUAUUGAUGUCAAAGGUCCUAAGAUUGAUAUCAAAAGCCCAGAUAUUGAUGUUGAAGGGCCAGAAGGAAAAAUCAAAGGUCCCAAAUUCAAAAUGCCAAAUAUAUCGGGUCCAAAGAUCUCAAUGCCUGAUGUGGACUUUAAUCUUAAAGGCCCUAAAUUAAAGGGGGAUGUGGAUAUCUCAGUUCCCAAGAUUGAAGGUGACAUUAAAGCACCAAAAGUUGAAAUUCAAGGCCCAGAUGUGGAUGUUGAAGGACCAGGGGGUGGUUUGAAGAUGCCGAAAAUCAAAAUGCCAUCAUUUGGGCUUAAAGGGCCGAAAGUUGAGGGCCCUGAUUUUGAUGUAACCCUACCAAAGGCAGAUGUUGACGUCAAAGGUCCUAAAAUUGACAUUCAAAGCCCCGAUAUUGACAUUGAAGGGCCAGAAGGGAAAAUCAAAGGUCCCAAAUUCAAAAUGCCAACCAUAUCUGGUCCAAAGAUCUCAAUGCCUGAUGUGGAUUUAAAUCUGAAAGGACCUAAAAUAAAGGGGGAUAUGGAUGUAUCCGUUCCCAAGAUUGAAGGUAACAUUAAAGCACCGAAAGUAGACAUUGAAGGCCCAGAUUUUGAAGUAGAAGGCACAGGAGGAGGAGGCAUCAAAAUGCCAAAAUUCAAAAUGCCAUCAUUUGGGCUCAAAGGGCCAAAAGUUGAGGGCCCUGAUAUUGAUGUAAAUCUACCAAAGGGGGAUAUUGAUGUCAAAGGCCCCAAGAUUGAUAUCAAAAGCCCAGAUAUUGAUGUUGAAGGGCCAGAAGGAAAAAUCAAAGGUCCCAAAUUCAAAAUGCCAACUAUAUCGGGUCCAAAGAUCUCAAUGCCUGAUGUGGACUUUAAUCUUAAAGGCCCUAAAUUAAAGGGGGAUGUGGAUAUCUCAGUUCCCAAGAUUGAAGGUGACAUUAAAGCACCAAAAGUUGAAAUUCAAGGCCCAGAUGUGGAUGUUGAAGGACCAGGGGGUGGUUUGAAGAUGCCGAAAAUCAAAAUGCCAUCAUUUGGGCUUAAAGGGCCGAAAGUUGAGGGCCCUGAUUUUGAUGUAACCCUACCAAAGGCAGAUGUUGACGUCAAAGGUCCUAAAAUUGACAUUCAAAGCCCCGAUAUUGACAUUGAAGGGCCAGAAGGGAAAAUCAAAGGUCCCAAAUUCAAAAUGCCAACCAUAUCUGGUCCAAAGAUCUCAAUGCCUGAUGUGGAUUUAAAUCUGAAAGGACCUAAAAUAAAGGGGGAUAUGGAUGUAUCCGUUCCCAAGAUUGAAGGUAACAUUAAAGCACCGAAAGUAGACAUUGAAGGCCCAGAUUUUGAAGUAGAAGGCACAGGAGGAGGAGGCAUCAAAAUGCCAAAAUUCAAAAUGCCAUCAUUUGGGCUCAAAGGGCCAAAGGUUGAGGGCCCUGAUAUUGAUGUAAAUCUACCAAAGGGAGAUAUUGAUGUCAGAGGAACUAAGAUUAAUAUCAAAAGCCCAGAUAUUGAUGUUGAAGGGCCAGAAGGAAAAAUCAAAGGUCCCAAAUUCAAAAUGCCAACUAUAUCGGGUCCAAAGAUCUCAAUGCCUGAUGUGGACUUUAAUCUUAAAGGCCCUAAAUUAAAGGGGGAUGUGGAUAUCUCAGUUCCCAAGAUUGAAGGUGAUAUUAAAGCACCAAAAGUUGAAAUCGAAGGCCCAGAUGUGGAUGUUGAAGGACCAGGGGGUGGUUUGAAGAUGCCAAAAAUCAAAAUGCCAUCAUUUGGGCUUAAAGGGCCGAAUGUUGAGGGCCCUGAUUUUGAUGUAACCCUACCAAAGGGAGAUGUUGACGUCAAAGGUCCUAAAAUUGACAUUCAAAGCCCCGAUAUUGACAUUGAAGGGCCAGAAGGGAAAAUCAAAGGUCCCAAAUUCAAAAUGCCAACCAUAUCUGGUCCAAAGAUCUCAAUGCCUGAUGUGGAUUUAAAUCUGAAAGGACCUAAAAUAAAGGGGGAUAUGGAUGUGUCUGUUCCCAAGAUUGAAGGUGACAUUAAAGCACCGAAAGUAGACAUUGAAGGCCCAGAUUUUGAAGUAGAAGGCACAGGAGGAGGAGGCAUCAAAAUGCCAAAAAUCAAAAUGCCAUCAUUUGGGCUCAAAGGGCCAAAGGUUGAGGGCCCUGAUAUUGAUGUAAAUCUACUGAAGACUGAUAUUGAUGUCAGAGGCCCCAAGAUUGACAUCCAAAGCCCAGAUAUUGAUGUUGAAGGGCCAGAAGGAAAAAUCAAAGGUCCCAAAUUCAAAAUGCCAACUAUAUCGGGUCCAAAGAUCUCAAUGCCUGAUAUGGACUUUAAUCUUAAAGGCCCUAAAUUAAAGGGGGAUGUGGAUAUCUCAGUUCCCAAGAUUGAGGGUGAUAUUAAAGCACCAAAAGUUGAAAUCGAAGGCCCAGAUGUGGAUGUUGAAGGACCAGGGGGUGGUUUGAAGAUGCCGAAAAUCAAAAUGCCAUCAUUUGGGCUCAAAGGGCCAAAAGUUGAGGGCCCUGAUUUUGAUGUAACCCUACCAAAGGGAGAUGUUGACGUCAAAGGUCCUAAAAUUGACAUUCAAAGCCCCGAUAUUGACAUUGAAGGGCCAGAAGGAAAAAUCAAAGGUCCCAAAUUCAAAAUGCCAACUAUAUCUGGUCCAAACAUCUCAAUGCCCGAUAUGGACUUCAAUCUGAAAGGACCUAAAAUAAAGGGGGAUGUCGAUGUGUCUGUUCCCAAGAUUGAAGGUGACAUUGAAGGACCUAAUAUCAAGAUGGAGGGAGCAGAAGGUUUUAAAAUCCCCAAAAUCAAAGUGCCAUCAUUUGGAAUUAAAGGGCCAGUGGUGGAGGGUGCCGAAGCUGAACUAAAUGUUCCCAAAGUUGAAGUUGACAUAAAAGGACCAGUCUUGGAUAUCAAAGACCCUAAGAUUGGCAACAUUAAUAGCAGUCUUGAAGGCCCUGAUGUUGACAUCAAUUUGAAGGGAAAGAAAGGUAAAGUGAAAAUGCCCAAGGUGAAAGGAAAGAUCAAAACUGAUAAUAUUGAUUCUAAAACUGGCAAUGUUGAGCUAUCUGCAGACUCACCUGACUUGCAUCUCAAAGGACCUAAAGUCAAGAAGCCAUUCUUUGGAAAGUUGCAUUUUCCUGAUGUGGAAUUCGACAUCAAAUCCCCAAAGGUUAAAGGCGGAGGUUCAGUGUCUGGAAAUUUAAAAUCAGUUGAAUUUGAUUCAUCACCUGGAAGUCUUAAAGCAGAUAUACCAGGUAUUGAUAUUCAGUCACCAGUUGUUAGCUUGGAGGGCCCAGAUGUCAAAGUUAAAAAAUCCAAAAUCAAAAUGCCAAAGCUAAUCUCAGGAUCCAAAGUCAAAUCUGCUGAUGUUGACAUCAAUGUUCCAAAGCUACAGUCACCUGAAAUGAGUAUGAACCUGGGUGCUUCUGAUGCUAGUUUAGAAGGGCAAGGCAUAAAAGUUAAGGGCAGUUUGAUGGACCCUGAGUUAAAAGGGACCUUUGAAGGUAGAGUGAAGGGCCACACAGAUGCAGAAGAUUUUAAAGCAGAAGGAUUUCAGGGUGCAGAGCUGAAUAUGCCAAGUGCAAAGCUUAAAGUACCCCAUAUUAGUUCUUCAGAUGAGAAAACAGGAGAAAUAGGCAUGCAUACAGAUGUUGCAGUAUCAAGUGCAAUAGAGUAUACUGAGGGUAAUGUAACUUUUCCUAAGAUUAAAGUGCCAAAAUUUGGAAUAGCUUUGCCUCAGGUAGAAGGAAGGGAGAUGGGUGUGGAUGUAGGGUCAGGAGAAUUAACUGCUAGUGGUAAUGUUAGUUCAAGUCUGGAGGUGCCAUGUCCAGAUUUAAAAAGCAGCGGUCAGAAAGUCAAAGUCAAAAAGCCACGGUUCUUUGGCAAAUCUAAAGCCAAGGGUGGAAGCGCAGCUGAUCUUACCUUUCAGGGACCUGAAGUUGUAGGUACAAUUGAGGGAGGUUCCAAAGUGUCUAAAGAAUUAAGUGCAAGUUCUGGGGAGCUUAUAGGUGGAAAGAUGGUAGAGGGGAGUUCUGGUUUAAAAAUUUCACCAAAGAGUAAAUCUGCUUCACUUGAUCUUUACAAGAAAUCAAGGCAUCGUUCUUCAUCACUUAGUGAUGAAGGAGAACUUGCUUCCCCCACUUCUGUUGAAGGGCAUUUGCAGACAGAAGGUGGUAACAUGUCAGUGGAUGUUGGAGGGGCUAAAGUAAAAGGCAAAAAAGGAGUGCUGAAGUUUGGCACAUUUGGUGGGUUUGGCGCAAAAUCCAAGGGUUCGUAUGAAGUGACACUUGGAGAAGAGAGUGAAGCAAGGAUUGAAGGAGCUGGAGGAGUUGUUUCCCCUUCCAAGAAGUCUAGAGUGUCAUCAUCAUCUAGCAGUGAUAGUGUUUCAAAGGGUGGUUUUCGCUUCCCAAGGGUUGAAAUUGCUGUUUCACCAAAGAAAUAAUGUUGCGAUAUGAUUAAAAGGCACUAAUGUUUUGCCUUUCUAUAUGCUACGAGUUCACAUACACUCUAAUGCUUUAUACUAGACAGCUACUUUGUAAGCCUCAUCUAACUACAGUGCACUGUCAUAAAUGUAGACAUUUUGUCCAGUUUCCUUUUAGCAUUCCAAAUAAUAGUCUUUUCAUUUUGCUGGGGUACAUGUCAUGUCUUUUAACUGUAAAUAAGAGAAAUCUGUAUUGUAAUUUUCAUUAUCACUUGUAAAUAGAAAAAAAAAUUAGUCUACCAUCACAUUUUCUAUCCACUACCACAACAAUGUUGAAAUGGCAUAUUUGCAUCUGGUUUUAACACAUUUUUCGUGAUAUGAUAAUUAUAUUUUUGUAUUUGUUAAUCUUUAGGGGAAAUGGUUUAGCAAGCAUCUGUCAUAAAUAUUAUCUCUGUUAUUUUACUGUUAACAGGUUGUAUGUGCCUUUCAUAUACAGAAUCAUCAAAACAAACCAACCCAGAACAUUUAAUAUAAGUGAGAUUUUAUAAUUUUGAAAUCAAGUCUGUAUAAUACUUAAAAGUGAAUUUUUAAAAAUGACGGUUCAUUCAAAUGACAUUUUAUAUUUUAGACCUGUAAAAAUGUAAAUAAACUGCUGAUACACUUUAAUACAUUGGGAAUUAUCCUUUUAGUGCCAAAUAAACAUGUUUAGAGAAUUUAUAUCUGAUGAGACCGUGAACUUGCACAAAUCAUUAAAUGAAUAACAGCUCAUCAGCCAUUACUGUUUUAAUGAACACUUUGAGAUUGCUGUCUCUCUCUCUCUCUCUCUCUCUCUCUCUCAUUUGACCCAGUGAUUGGCUGUGCUGGAAUUUAUUUUUGAUUUCCUGUCAUCUGUAAAACCAAAUAAAGUGUUCAGUUAUCA